UCCUGAUAACACUUUUUUAAAAAUAAUAUUUUCAAUUUCGGAAUAAUUGUUGAACUUUGAACUCAAAAGUUUGGUUGAUGAGUGUAUGAUGCGUUUGAAUUUGAAAAAUAUCACGAGUCAAAUCUUGAGAUGGUGAUCUUCGUCAUGGAAUGAAUGAAUGAACAGAAGAAACAGAAAUGUGAAGGAUAUUUCUCAACUACAGAAUUUAUACUUUUCUUGUUCGAUAAUUUUGGAAGACUGUUCAUUUCGAUGAAGUUGAAUAAAAUUCGCAUGUUGAUAACAUUCGAGAAAAAGAACAAAAAUAUGAUAAAUUUAGUAGCCGAACAUGGUUAAUUCCACUCUUCAAUGUCAGUCGAGCAGCUAUUUUGUUCAAUUCUUUUUCAGCGAAGGAAUAUGACUGGUCAUAAGUUAUCCAAUAUGAAUAUCUUCGAAGCUACUCGAGAAGGAGACUUGGUCCGGUGUCAAGAACUGGUCGAGGCAGGCAUCGAUGUGAAUAUUCGCGACGAUGACUCUGUAACGUUGAUGCAUUGGGCAGCGAUCAACAAUCGGCUGGAAAUAAUGAAGUAUUAUAUCUCCAAAGGGAUCCGAAUCGACGAACCAGGAGGUGUACUGCAAGCUACUCCUUUGCAUUGGGCUAUUAGGGACAAUCGCCUGAUGGCUGUUGUGUUACUCGUACAAAAUGGAGCUGAUUCCACAUUUGUAGACUCAGAAGGUUUAUCUUGUAUUCAUGUAGCCGCUCGAUUCGCCCAUACCCAUAUUAUAGCUUACUUAGUUGCCACAGGAGUUGAUAUCAAUGUAAUUGAUAGAGCUGGUCUCACUGCUUUGAUGCAUUGUGCUCUGAAACAUAUGAGUUUGGAUCCGGCGCGUUUGUUGAUCAAAUUCGGAGCUGCUACUUCUAUUCAAGAAUUUUACGGUGGCAAUACCGCUAUGCAUUGUGCUAUCCUCAGUAAAAAUCAUGUCGUUGUUAAUUUACUCAUCAACUCCGGUGCUAGUCUAGAUAUUCCAAAUGACAAGAAUGAAACCGCGUUUCAAUUAUUGUGGGAUUGUAGAAGUGCUCCUUGGUACGACGUGUGUGUAUUGAAAAAAUUGGAAGAAAUCAAUGGAUAUGAUAAGAAUUUACCUUUACUCGAACGAAUUAAAGCCAACGAUAAAAUUAAGUACUGGAGCACUAUAGCGACGCCAGCAGUACUUUACUAUUUUAUUGGAGUAAUAUUAGAAACCAGACUAGUUUACGUAUCAAAACUCACUGCCAUAAUUACCGUUAUAUUUUUAUUAUUUCUAUCGAGACGAGUACUCUUCACUCGGAAUUUUUCGUCGGAUUUUCCCUUAUCUGUAUAUUUCUCGACUAAGUUUUGGCUUUACGUUACGUGGUUUUUGUGGAUCACUCCGAGAAUCAGCUUCUUACUAUCGCUUACCAAUGUCUCAUUAUCGGGCAUAUUAUGCUAUAAUUUUUACAAGUCGUGGAAAAGUGAUCCCGGAUACAUAAUUACUAGUCGAGAGGAAAAAUUUGUUACUGUAAUUGAAUUAGCUGAAAAAGGAAUGCUAAUACCGAGAUUUUUCUGUUGCACGUGUCUUGUGAGGAAACCAGUACGUUCGAAACAUUGCUCAGAUUGCGAUUGCUGCGUUGCUAAAUUCGAUCAUCACUGUCCAUGGGUUGGGAAUUGUAUUGGUGCGAACAAUCAUCGGUAUUUUGUCGGAUUUCUAUCGAUGGCAUUGAUUGUCAGUGUUUUAUACAUUGCUGGAAUCGUUGCGUAUUGGAACGAAGUGUGUACUGGAAAGUACCCAUCGAAAUCGGCAAACGAUACCGCUAUGCCAAUUAUUCUCUUUUCAAAAUAUAUGGUAUGCGAUCCUUGGGUUUCUUGGGCAUUGGUCAACGUUAUGAUUCAUACCGUUUGGGUUAUACCAUUAUUCGUUUGUCAAUUGUAUCAAAUAUCCUGUUUAGCUAUGACGACCAACGAACAUAUGAAUCUAUAUCGCUAUAAACAUUUUCAAGAUCCUAAAACUGGUGAAAUUAGAAGUCCAUUUAGUCGUGGAAGACUUCAAAACCUAAUCGACUUUUCGCGUAUUCGAAUCCCCGGAUGUAAUCCUCCCGAUGAGAAGAACUGGAAAAAUCUAUUUACACUAGAAUGCAACGAAAGUAACUCUUUCCUUGUUAAUCCUCAUUCUCAUCCUCAAUAUGUAUGAUAAUGUGUUUUGUUCAGUAUUUCAUGAUCAUAUUAUUCGUGUUUUUCUAUUUUGUUUUUUUUUAAAGUACUUGAUUAUUUUUGUUAUUUGUACCUGAUUUUUUCACCUGUGUUAAUACAGAGAGAUACUCGUUGAACCGUACAUCGUCGACGAGUACAUAUUUAUUUUA